UACAUUUGCUUGCGGUGAUAAUGAAGAGGUACAACACUGGUCAUGAAAAACUUGAUCGGAAGAUAGUGGAGAGGAAUAGGAGAAUCCACAUGAAAGAUCUCUGCUUCAAGCUCACUUCUCUCAUCCCUCCCCACCAUCUCAACUCCUCUCAGGACACGCAAUCGCGACAACAUCAGCUCGACGAGGCAAGAACAUACAUUAAGCUACUGGAAAAAAGAGUGGAGGAACUGAAAGCAAGGAGGGCAGCACUGGAAUUGGGCAACCACGAUGGCACGGAUAACGAUGGUAGUACCAGCACAAGAAUCGAAUUGCCGGUGGUUGAGUUGAGAGAAUGUUUAGGUUCAAGUUUGGAAGUAGUUUUGAUAACUGGGUUGAAGAAGAACUUCGCGAUUUCUGAAGCCAUUGGUGUGAUUGAGGAUGAAGGAGCUGAGGUGGUGAGUGCUAGCUUUUCUGCUGUGGGUGAUAAGGUUUUUCAUACUCUCCAUGCUCAGGUGAAAGUUUGUAGAGUCGGUGUGGAUACUGCAAAGGUAUGUCAGAGACUGAAGGAAUUGGUUCGCUGAUUCCUAUUUCUUUCU